CAAUGAUAUCCAGUCAAUUACAAAAACAAAGAAAAGGAAAAUAACAAAGAAAUAUACUAACACAGAAAAGGCAAUACCACACAGUGAUGUCAAACAACUGCAAGUAGAGGUUGGGAGGUUAAAGAUCAAGUUUCUAAUGUUUUUAAGAGAUUUUUUUUGAGUUUGACGUUGGAACAUUUAUAAAUAAAACUCUGAUGUCCAGGUCACAAUCAGACAUGAAAGUAUGUGACGGCAUCUGCAGUAAAGCUGCCUAACCAGGAAGCAUUACAGCAGGUGUGAUGUGUAAACAAAUCUAGGAGCCGAUGUAAAUGACAGGAAGGAUAUGGAGUAGAAAACUGCAGGAAAUGUUUCCGCACUGAAAGACUGCAGCUGUGAGGUCUUGAUUCAAAGCUCUGAGCUGAAAAACAAAGUUGUUCCUUUCUUACAGUAUUUGUCAUUUCUGUGAUUGUACGACGAGUUUUGAGAACACGACGCCUUUUCGAGCACGCAUUUGCUGUUUUGCAAGCCCAGUUUCGGUGUUAAUGUUUCCUGUUAGUUAAAACGCUUGUUUCAAACAGUGCGUCAGAACAGCUGCGUGUAUUUUGGACGAAUUGACCGGAAACCGCGUUGUUUGCUGUCGCUAACUUGACCGUGGUGUCUUUGGCUGCCGCUGCGAAGGACACAAUGCUUUUUCGCAGUGAGGAUCUCUCGGUGUGCGCGGUGUGUCUGAGCUGAAAACAGAUGCGGGAGCCUCGCUGGAGGAUGUCCAAUAAACAGUGGAAAUCGUGCCGGAGAUAAUAGCAGAAGUCCCCCCGGCAGCACCGGACCAUGGGACUGACGGAGCUGCUGCUCGGGCUGCUGUGGUUCCGCUCUGCUCUGCUCGGUGCAGCGGGCUGCAGUGAGCGGGUGGAGGUCCAUACAGAGCGGAGGGGUGUGAUCUACAGCCCAUCCUGGCCUUUAAACUACCCUCCUGGAGUCAACUGCAGCUGGCAUAUCCAGGGAGGUCAGGGAGAGGUCAUUACCAUCAGUUUCCGUAACUUUGACGUGGCGGAGUCUGGACAUUGUUUGGGAGACUGGCUCCUGCUGGCUCCUACAUGGAACGGGGAAUCUAGGCUGUGUGGCUCCAUGCUGCCUCCUCCCUUCAUCUCCACCAGGGGGCGUGUUUGGCUUUACUUCCACUCUCAAGCCAACAGCUCUGGGCAAGCCCAGGGCUUCCGCCUUUCCUACAUCAGAGGUCGCCUGGGUCAGAGCAGCUGUCAGUCAGAUGAGUUCCUCUGUGGGAAUGGGAAGUGUCUCCCUCACUCCUGGAAGUGCAACGGUCAGGAUGAAUGUGGCGAUGCCACAGACGAACGCAGCUGCUCCCCCCCUCCCACCGAGGCCCGGCCUGGCCUCUGCCCCUUCGGCUCCCUUCCGUGCACGGAGGCUCACUCCACCCGCUGUCUGCCGGCUUCCCUUCGCUGCAACGGAGCCCCGGACUGUCCCGAUGGCACAGAUGAACUAGGUUGCCCUGACACCACCUGUGGCAAACGACUGGGGAACUUUUAUGGCUCCUUUGCCUCCCCAGAUUUUUUCCGGGCUAACCGGAGCUCUGUGAAGGAGCUGAGGUGUUCCUGGUUGCUGGACACCCAGGACCCCAAGCCCAUCGUGCUGCAGCUGGACCUGCAGCUGGGGCCCGGAGACUCGCUGCAUGUCUACGACGGCCUGCUGCAGCGGGCGGAGCACCUCUUACAGGUGUUGUCCUAUCAUAACAACCGGCGUCCGGCAUUGCUGGAGUCAAGCCGAGGACAGAUGAGUGUGUUGUACAUGGCCCAGCCUCACAGCCCCGGGCAUGGCUUCAACGCCACAUACCAGGUCAAAGGCUACUGUUUUCCCGGCGAGCGUCCCUGCGGCAGUGAUCAGGGCUGCUACUCUGAACGGCAACGCUGCGACGGCUACUGGCACUGCCCAUCUGGUCGCGAUGAGGAGGCCUGUCCAACGUGCCCGGACGGGGAGUUCCCCUGCGAGGGCGGCACAGGAAUGUGCUACCCAGCCUCUGAGCGCUGCAACAACCAGAAGAGGUGCCCAGACGGGUCAGAUGAGAAGAACUGCUAUGACUGCCAACCUGGAAACUUCCAUUGUGGGACUAACUUGUGCAUCUUUGAGACAUGGCGAUGUGAUGGCCAGGAGGACUGCCUAGAUGGGAGUGACGAGAGGGACUGCAUGGCAGCGGUGCCCAGGAAAGUGAUCACGGCCGCUUUGAUCGGCAGUCUGGUCUGCAGCCUCCUGCUGGUCAUUGCCCUCGGCUGUGCUCUCAAACUCCACUCCCUCAGAAGUAGAGAAUACAGAGCUUUUGAAACUCAGAUGACUCGCAUGGAGGCGGAGUUUGUUCAGAGAGAGGCUCCACCUUCUUACGGUCAGCUGAUUGCCCAGGGUCUCAUCCCUCCAGUGGAGGAUUUCCCAGUGUACAACCCCACACAGGCCUCUGUGUUACAGAACCUGCGGUUGGCGAUGCGCAGACAGAUCAGACGUCACUCAACACGGCGUUCCACCUCCUCCUCCUCUCGUCGUCGUCUCGAGCAUCUGUGGAGUCGCCUAUUCCACAGUGAAGGGCGAGCCAGAGGGCAUGCCCCUCUGCUUGACCCCCCUGGUCCUACGCAGAUCACCCUGGGGCUCCACAGCUACCGAACUGUGGGGGAGCAGGGGCCCCAGGCCAGGGCCAGGUCUGCAGCUGGUUUCGGGGAUGAGGUUGAUGUGGUGGGUAUGCCAGGCUCCUGCUGCUCAGCUACCAUGGACCUGCAGCCCUGCAUGUCAGAGAGCCCUGCGUCUCCUCUCUCCUACCAGUCAUUGGACAGUCCAGAGGACGAGGAACUGUCACCUGUCUGCAGGGAAAGCAGCAGGGCUCCACAGUCCGAGCCUUCCACUCCUGGCCAGACUGACUCUUCAACCCACAGCCAACCUCCUCUCACCCCCCAGGAAGCCUCUGUACCCCUGUGCCACCCCCGGGCAUCUAGAAAACUGGUUCUAGAGCUGGCAGUUAACCUGAAGGGUGUUUCCCUGAGACGUUACUCCCCCUUGGGGCCUCUAUCGCCUAUCUCACCCCUUGUGUUUCCUAGCAGCUCCCAGACACCGACAACCCAACCUCACACCCAGGGGCUGGUGGGGACUUCACCCACAGAGCCCUCAUCUUCCUCUGUGCAAGCAGAGGACAGCGACAGCCACUGUACAGUGGAAGUGCCAAGUAGGGAAAUAAGAAGCAGGGAAAAAAGUGUGGAAGAGAGGAGGAGGGAGGGCAAGAGCAGACUGUGCAGGUUCAGCAGGACCCUCAGUGACGAAGAAGGAGAUUCAGGGAGGGAGACAACACCCCUACCUUAGCCCUGUACAUAUAGGAAGUACAGUGUCAGACCCAGUAAAAUAUAGUUAGCUCAUGUCCAUUCAACACGUUGAAUGCACACAAAUUUGCAUAUGCAGAAAAUUAUGCAGUCUCUUCCUAAGAUGAAUAAAACCAGCGUUGGUAGUA